AUGAACCGUGGGAACACGACCUCAUCAUCUGCCAUGGCGAGUAAUGAGAAUGAAACUUGCGGCUGCAUCGAUGAUGGCUACUCCGGCAGGUGGGACUUCAGAACUUGCACUCAUUGCGGUGGGCACGAAAGAAAUCCAUGCAAAACCUGCGACUCCCGAGGUGUAGUCAGAGUCCCCUGCCCUCAUGGGGCUGCUGGUCAAGCUCAAGCUCUGAGUUCUCGGCCAAGAGCCGAUGAUCAGAACAACAAACCGGGACCCAAGGGACCGACGGGACCGACAGGCCCGGGUCAAGGUGUUGCCGGUGCCGGCUGCCACUAA